AUGGCUUCCAAUGGCUUCCCUCAAAGGGGUGCCUUCAAACGACACGCAAACGCGUCGAGUCAUCUCUAUGUGCUAUGCAGCUGGCAGGAGAAAGGUUUGUCAGAGGCUAAAGCCGAAGAACUGGAGCAGGAGAUGCAACGGGUUGAAGUUUUGAGUACCAGCGCCACCAGCAAACGCAGUCGCACCUUGAUGAUGACCAAUGGCCUGCGGCAGGAUCGCAUCCGCUGGGGCUGGAAGCUGCAGGAGCUUCAGAGAAGGCUGCAGUGUUUGGUGGGCGAUGCCCUCUUGAGCGCUGCAGCAACGGAGCUUUUAGGGACAUAUGGUCCGCAGCAUCGAGAAGAGUUGCUGGAACAUUGGAAGGAGGUGUUGGAGCGGCUGUCCAUUCCCCACUCCAAGGACUUCGAUUUGGCAUCUUAUUGGAUCGUGCCUACAGCCCGUUACCGCCUUCAUACAGAGCUCGCCCUGCCCAAGGACAUUCACUUGGAAGAAAGCUUGGUGUUCGCGUGCUUGCAGACCUCCAAAUGGCCUGUCUUCUACGAUCCAGAUCAUCUUGCACCCGGUUUUUUGCAAAAAUUCUUCCCAGGUGCUGUGCGACUCACCAUGGGAUCCACUGACUUUCAAAAGGAUUUGUUGUCCAGCCUGUCAUCCCGUGCGGUCACCAGCCCAUCAGAUGUGUCGGAGGUCCUGGGACAGGUGAUCAUCAUCGAAAACGCCUACCUGCCAGCUAUUCGUGACACUGACAUCCUGACCGAAUUGGUUGCUCGACGUCAGUUGGUGGCUGCAGGUCUUCAAACAGCAGGUCUGGUGCAGUUGUCUGCGGGUGUGGAAGACACCGUGGUUCAUGUAGAUCCGCGUAUUGUGUUGAUUUUCAUCACUGACAUGGGAGAGCCGUGGAACCAUGACGCCAUGUCCAAGAACUUUUUGAUGAUCGACUUUCAGUUAACCCGAGAAGACGGGCUCAGUGGUCCACUGAUGGACUUGAUGACUGACACGGUUUGUGCCAAGGCUAUGCCCAGUGUUCAGCAGGCCCGGCUUGGACCCGAAUUUUCGCAACUCAUGGCGGAGUGGUAUCGACAAGAUAAGGAGCUGAUCCAGGACCUAGUUUUGAUUGGCACCACUGACCGAAAGGUGGAGUUCCCAACAGAGGAACAGCUCAGGGAGACAAUGAAUCUGAAGAUGAAUCUGGAGUCCGUUGGACGGAAACUGCUCAAGACCCGUGACAGCGAGGUGAAGCUACAGCAGCAGCGUGCAACCCAUGACCUGCUGGUGUCCUCCUUAUGUGCCAUGGCGGUUGCCGCAGAAGAGAUCUUCAACUUAUGCCCAGCAUCCAGCAUUCCAUUGUCAGGCGCCUGGCGUGUUUGCGAAGAGUUCAUGCCCGAGCCCCCGCCUGAAGAUCGCAAGAAGUCAAACCGCGACUCGGACUAUGCCGGCAUGGCCCGCCGCGCUGUGUUGGCCGGGCUCUGGGAACGCAUCUCCCCGGGUUUGCCACGACAGUUUGCCUUGGCUGCGGCCCUUCGCUUGACCAUGGCUUCAGCGAUGCCGCAGAAGCCGCUGCAGGAGAUCUUGGGGACGUUGUUGCUGCAAUGUCCUGCAGGGGAUCCCCGAGUCUUCCAACACAGCCUCAACGGCCUCCUGUGCUCUGCUAUGCAGGCGCACUUUGGAGUUGGGCGGUUGACAACUGGGGACAGCUGGGCUCAGCUGACCCGGACCGAAGAGUUUGAUGAGGCCAUCCUACAGGGUCGUGGAUUGUCAGAUGCCUUGCAGCAGUAUCGACAGGUGGAAGGGGCGCCUCAGAAUCCAAGAGCUUCUUUCCGGACCUUGUUUGAAAUACAAGGCAGCACUGGCCGGCAAUCAUCAAAGUCAAAUGGCACCGACUCACGCAGCGGUUCCAAAACGAUGGCUUCAGUGAACCGCAGCAUGAUGUCCCUGGGGAACUUGGCUUUCUCGGAAAUGGAUGAAGAAUCGGAAGAAGAACAGGAGCAUUCUGCAUCCAAACGGCGCAGCUCCACGGCGGAGACGGCCGCAGCCUUGCGAGCUGCAGGCGAGAAGGGAAUCCCAAUCCGACUGUUGCAGCAACUUUUCGUCGCGAACAAGGGACAUUGGAGUCACUGCAAUUCCAAACAGAUUUUCCUGGCACGGUUCGCAUAUUUCCAGGAGACACUGCGAUGUCAACUGGAGCACUGUAUCCGUGACGAGGCGCCUGAGGACUUGUUCCGUGUGAAUCGGAUGGAGCUGUUUGGAAUUGACGAGAAACAUCUGGAGGACUUGUUGGCAGAGGCCCCUCAUCGAGAAAACAAGGAUUUUAUGGCCCGGCGUUCCACGCGGAAUUUGGUGACACCGGUGGACGAAGGUGGUGAGAACGUGGCUGAAGGUGCGGAUACGCCACAGCUCUUCUCGCUGCUGUUGCACUUUGGAGCGUCCUUUGGACACGGCGCAUGUGGACCCUGGACGUUGCAGCUUCAUGUGGAUUCCGUGAACAAUGACCCGGGCGCCUGGGCGCGCUGGGCCGAAUCAAUUGCUACACAGAACUACCGCAAAGGUAUGACGGGGCACAAUGCGCUCUCAGAGUCAGAGACUUGGCACCUGCCGUUGCUGGCCUCCUUGCCCCACGAGUUGCUGAGCUCGCUGUUGCCGCAGGGCUUCUUGCAGACGAUCCUCUUCAGCGUUUUAGCGAGUUUUUCUUUAAGCGCUGUCCUUCAUGCCUCCGAACUCAUCGUGGCAGGUGCCACAGGCAACGCUACACCUUUGCGUUGCAUGUCCUUGCCACGUUUGUUGGAACCCGAGGGCACUCAUCGUUCUGCAGUGCCGGUCGUAUGCCUCUGUGAUAGCGAAGCGUCCUCCGUGGUGGAAAAUAUUCAUCGAAUUCAUCAAGCGAAAGAGUCGGAAGCCGGGCGGAAGGUGAUCCAACUUUCUUUGACGGACUUGGUGGCCAACAGUACAACUGGGAAAGCUGGACAAUCUGCAGGUGAACGGCCCAACUGUUGGAGUUCCAUUUCCCCUGCAGCGGAAUGUGCUUCGACUCCCAGCGGCGUUUUGGAGCUGCUGGAGGAAUGUAAGGAUUUGGGCUACUGGUUGCUGCUCCAUGUGCAGAUUUGGUUCACCUGCAGCACGCCAUCUUUCCAGAGCACCGCUGACGAAAAGUUCCGCCUCUUUGUCAUCAUCGACUGCAGGUGUCCGGUGGCACUCCCCAGUUGGCUCUUCCGCUGCGGCCGCUCUGAGCUCUGCGUGGUGGAUAGCGCAGGAACUCCUUCCCUUCGAAGCUGGCUAGAAGAAGCGCUGGAUGCCAUGCCCAGGAGAGCACAGAGCUUUCUGAGUUCCAUGGUAUUGCCAGCGGCUCCUGCCGGCAAGGCUCGGUCUGUGGCCACUGGCUUCAAAACUCUGACAGAUGCUGCCAAUGCGAGCCAACUUGCAGCAGAGGGGAAAAUGGGAAGAGUCAUGAUGAGCCCCGUGUUAUGCAGCAAAUUGGCUCAGCCGAAUUUCCCUUUGAAGUUACAAACUUCCGGGCAACGUUUGGCUAUGCUGGUCUUGGCUGCAGCCUGCGAUGGAGGCCUGUGGCCCAAGUGCAUCCUGAAGACGCGCUCUAUCGGAGGUCCUCGAGUGGCUGAGGUGGUGGAGGAACUGAAUUUCGAUGUGACGCUCCGUUCGGUGGACAUGUUGGAGAUUUUCGCCCCCUUGGCCCUGCAACAGGCCCACAAGUGCCCUGUGUGGCCGGACACCAGCAGCUUUCCAGGCUUCGCCAGAUCCGACAAGUGCAUCUCUCAAGACAACAGUCCGGAACUCGAUGUCAAGUCUGCAUCUGCCCCCAGGAAGUCGAGGAAGAACAUCGACGUUCAAGAUCUUGAUGAGCUUUUGUGGUACCAUGACGAACACUUUGAGUCCAAGGACUCCGCCUGGAAGGUCUUCGCAACUCUGGUCGAAGCCAUGGAGCGGAUCAGCAAUCAAGGAGUCCAAACGAUCGAAGCCGAAAUUCCAGGUGUUCAAAGCUAUCGUUCCACUGAAAGGGGUCAGGAAGAGCGCACGGAGAUGGACGACGUGGAGGUGGAUGAGGUGCAGGAGUCACCUCUGUCUACAAAACGGAAGGUGAGUGGAGUUCAAACCCUGCAGUUCCAGAUCCCUUCGAUGGGACAGUUGCCCAGCAGUAGCCUCAGUGCGAUCCAACAGAUCCGAACAGCUCAUGGCACUUGGCGCUGCAACGUACAGAUCUGUGACCUUGGAAGCAGCUCGGAGGGGGAUCAGGAGGAGUCACCCGAAGGUUCAUCCAGGGCAGGGCUGGGCCCUAAAGGGAUUCCGGCCCGACCAGCGGCCUUUCAACAAAUUCUACGGAUCAGAAGUCAGGAAAGAUGGCAAUUUGCCCUGGGUCGACGCGUGGUGGACGCGCACAGUGCCUCACGGAUGGCUCUGGUCGAGCUUCUGAAGGCAGAUUUGGGGUGCCACGCAAGUUUGUGUCGAAGGGAGCGAAGCCGCGCUACCCAAAACUCCACCGAGGCUCUGGCGCUCAUCCGUGGCCUUGAAGGGGAGUGCAUGAGUCCCAAGAUGUCGCUGAAACUCAGGCACUUGCUCCACAGCGCAGAUCUGUGGGCGGCUCGGGCUGAGCCAGAGGACACCAUCAGCGCACCUCCAGUGUCCACGAGAUUGUUGCCCAAUUGUCCCAUCGAGGUCUUUCACGUGGCCAAGAGCCAUGCUGCGGCAACAUUUCCAGUGCCCGAUGGCUGGCAGCCUCCACACUUCCGAGACGAGGCGAACUUUGGCUCCUGGUUGUCGCACUUGGCCAUGCAGCUCUAUCAAGUUUAUGUAUCUGAUUCCGUGCCACGGAAUCUACACAUCUCAGAGCUGGCGCAGUUGGAGCCACUUCUGCUUUCCUUGCGUUUGUGCUUAGCUGGGCAAAAAAAUCUGCAAGUGGAGCAGACAUGCAUGGAGCUCAGUGGAGCGAGCCAAGAGACGCCCCAGAGUCUCCAACUUCGUCCGGGGACCUACACCGUGAGUGAGGACAGGGCAGCUGCAACUCGGGCGGACUUCUCCACCUGGGACGAAUUGAGGCCGCCAGCUUUCAAAGCAACCUGCAAGCUUUCGCAGCAGCUGGCCGCAGCCAUGGCUCCACUUUUUGCAGAGAAGGUAGAGGCGCCAAGAAUCUCAUUGGCAGAUGGAGCUGGUAGCCCUGGUAGCGCUGGUAGCCCCUCAGCCGCUUCCGCGACGACGGCCGGGGCAACCAGCGCAACCGGGGCUGGGCAACCCGAUGGGGAGCGAAAGUCCAUGAGUGCAACCUUUACCAAGUCGGUGCGAAAAGUGGCCAUGAUGGCAUCGUUGUCCGCAAAGCCCGGGCGACGUUCCACAGUAAGACCAGGGACCAAAAAGUUGAAAGAGAAGGAUCCCACAUUCGUGCAAAAGGAAAUCUCCGAGGAAGACCUGGUUCUCCAGGGUCUGUUGGCUGACGGCGCAGUCUGGUCAACGCAGGGGCUGCAUAUUGACAGCAACGUAGCAGGGGUCACGAGGUUGCCCCCUUUGCGGGUGGUGGCGGCUACCCUGAAAGCAGCAGAGUACAUGUACUCCCAAGCAUUUCCACAGGCGGUGGGCUGCAUGAACCUCUUUGUCCAUCGGCUCUUUGGAAGCCCAUGGCCAUUGCCUACCGAAGGUUUGCUGCCGCGAAGCUCCGUGGAAAUGUGGACGGUGCGAUUGCCCUUCUGGAGCAAACCGCAGAACCGCUGGCAGCCGGUGAUGCUGCUGGAUGGAAUGGGUCCUUCGGCGGCUCCCGGGCAUCUGCGGCAAUGGGAGGAUGACCUCUGCGAUUCCACCAUCUUCUCCAGGUCCAUGGAAGAUCACUUGGAGGAGUCGUUGUCCGUGGCACGGCCCUUCGGGCUGCUCCCCACCGACUCACUGUUGUCCGCCAUGGCUGGGCCACCGAUGCUUUCGAGGAGGAAGGCCGAAAAAGUGAAAAAAAAACUUGAACGAGAAUCAAUGCAACGCUGAUGGAAUGUACAUGCACAGCAUUGGUAACGUCUUAGAUGUUUUUCAUAGCCAACUCAAUUCUAGAGAAAGUCCGUGUCAGUACUGAAGUCACAUUCUGCAGCGUGAUAGUUGAAAAGCGAGCGUGUGUACAGAGCGGGAAUCGCAUGAAAAGUGCGAACCGAUGCGAACCGUUACCAUGCUUCCGAUGAGCCCAGCCGAAGAACGGCUGAAAUGUGCCAC